AUGGCGGCUGAAGGCGGUGGCGUCCGGGCGCUGUCCCAGCGCGAGCAGGACAUCCAGAUGAUGCUCGCCGCCGACGUCCACCUCGGCACCAAGAACUGCGACUUCCAGAUGGAGCGCUACGUCUACAAGCGCCGCACUGACGGCAUUUACAUCAUCAACCUUGGCAAGACCUGGGAGAAGCUUCAGAUGGCCGCAAGGGUCAUUGUUGCGAUUGAAAACCCUCAGGACAUCAUUGUGCAAUCUGCUAGGCCCUAUGGACAGAGGGCUGUCCUCAAGUUUGCCCAGUACACUGGUGCUAACGCCAUUGCUGGCAGGCACACUCCUGGUACAUUCACCAACCAGAUGCAGACUUCAUUCAGUGAGCCACGCCUUCUUAUCCUGACCGACCCCAGGACUGAUCACCAGCCUAUCAAGGAGUCUGCACUUGGAAACAUCCCCACCAUUGCCUUCUGCGACACUGACUCUCCUAUGCGUUACGUUGAUAUUGGCAUUCCUGCUAACAACAAGGGGAAGCAGAGCAUUGGUUGCCUAUUUUGGCUGCUCGCCAGGAUGGUUCUGCAGAUGCGUGGUACCAUUCUCCCAGGACACAAGUGGGAAAUCAUGGUUGAUCUGUUCUUCUACAGGGACCCAGAGGAAGCUAAGGAGCUUGAGGAAGAUGAGGCUUUGGGUGCUCCUGAGUACGCUGCAGUUGCAGAGUACACUGCCCCAGCGGGAGAUACCUGGGGUGCUGAAUGGCCAGGAGCUGCAGCUCCAGCUGCUGCCGUCGAAGCCCCGGCUGGGGCUGAGUGGACUGGUGCUCCAGCUCCUGCGGCCGAUGGAUGGGAUGCAGUUGCAGCACCUGCCCCUACUGGCUGGGAACAGGGCAGCGCUCCCGCACCUGCAGCAGCACCAGCUGCUACUCCGAACUGGGAGUGA